AUGGAAAUGUUGACAGCGGGUUCUUCAUUAACUUAUUGACACUUUUUGUAUUUCACAGAUCCAACGGACUGGAAGGAACAGAAACUCAUGACGCUAAAGCAAGAUUUAUUUGUGACGUUUUGGAGCUUUUUUCACAAGGUGAAUCUGGCUUGACGGUCUAUGACAUCUUGUACAGAAGGUAUUAUUGCUGAGAAAAAGUGAAUUAUUUUAUACAGUGACCUAUUGUGCAUGUAGGUGUGGAAACAUUUUGAAUUUAGUUUAUUGUUCUUCUGCUGGGGAAACGAAAUUAAUAAAUAACGAAAAGUUGUACAGGCUUAAACUAUACUUUCACUUCAACGGGAAGGGAAAAUUCGAUUCAAUUCGUUGGUCAACGGCCAUUUCCAUGCCAUUCAGAAUGAUUACAAACUUUAAUUAGUUUCACUUCGACAGUAACUAGAAGGUUCAGUCAUUUGUAUGUGAUUCGGAAUAGUUAGUGAACCCAAUUAGAAAUAUUGAUAAAUCUUGGCCAUUGAUCCAAAAUAUCUGAUUAAAAAGAAAUCAAACUGGGCACAGCCAAACAUAAACUUUAUUGAUUUUUAAAUCCAAUAUUUUCAUGGACGGCAAAGACAACGUACGAAGACUCGAGUCAAUCUCAAAAAAAAAGACAUUAAAGGGAGGAAAAGGACUCUUUCGGUUGUUUGUUCAAAAUAGUUGUAAUGGAAUGAAUGUCAUGAUUUUCCUAUUUCUAAGCAUGCAUGUAUACCUAAUUGUGUCCUCGUGCAUGGGCUGCGCAACGCAUGCAUGGCAUUAAUUUUGGUUUCAAUUUGGUUUUCUUUUUAUUAAUAUAUAUAUUCACAAUUUAUAAUUUUUUUGCUUUUCAGAAAUUUAGGGAUUUGGGACCACAUAAAAAAUGACGAAGAGUUGUUUAAGGAUAUUCAAUGUGUAAAAGAUGUUAUGAAAUUGUCAUUUCUGUUGUCAGAGAAAUUGUCAAAAAAAAGAAAGACAUGUCAACUGUUUUUGCAAGAUCUUUCGUCCUCUUUGUUUUUCAUCGUUGCAUUUCCACAGUUCGUUCAAAAUAAUGCCAGUGAACUGAACAGGUAGGUGGUGCACUGCUGUUGGUAACGAGUAGACCCGUUUCAGACGGCGUACUUUUCAUGUGCUCAAUUUAAUUGACGAAUUGGGUACAAUUGGGUUCGAAUCAAUUAUCGGUAGGCAGAAUUUGCAUGGUGCGCCAAAAUGUCGACACAAUUUCGGUAGAGCAUGUCGCAUUAUGGGGAUAUUGGAGCCGAAUGGAGCGACAUUGAUUCAUACGCUGUUUCACUCAUGUACCAACCCUAAAAACUCGACUUUUUGAAAUCUGUUAGUAUAUUAGACGAGCCAUCUAACUUUUUAAAAAUAGACUUAUUUUUAAAAAAAUUUAUUUAUGAUUCGCUCCCGAAUACGCCCUAACCUUGUCAAUAACAUAUUGUGUAUACGCCGUUCUUGUGUCGCUCCAAAGUUUCCAUCUAAUAUAUUAAGUUCGGCACAUGAAGAGUAGGCCGUCUGAAACAGGCCUAAGUGUUUCUCAAACUUUUUCUAGCUAUUGAAUUUUAUGACUAAAGCAACUAUUAAGCCAGGCCUGCUCAGUUAGGCAUACUGCACUGUACAGUACAAGUCCCUUGUAGAAUCAAACACUAUUUAAUUGCUAUUUAAUUCCUAUUUUAUUGGGCUAUUUAAUUCCUAUUUGUCAAAGUACUUAUUUCCUAUUUUUACUAUUAUUUUUCUCGAUGUUUUUCCUACUUAAAUUAGUGUAGAAAGGCUAUUUUUUUCCUAUCCGAGUGGAACCAUAUUUUUUUCCUAUUCAUGAUAUAUGUCUAAACAAAUACUUAAUUGAUGUAGCCUACUCGAAUAGAAAUUAAAUAGGUUUCAAAUAUAAUAAAAAUAGGGCUAUUUAGGGAAAUUAUUAAAAAUAUAUAGUUUCAAGAUAGUUAAUAAAUAUAUAUGAAAUAAUAGUUAAAACAUAGUGACAAUAUAGGUAAAAAAUUAAAUAUGUCAUAUAAAUAGCUGAAAUGAGUUUCAACAAAGUUUAAAAUAGUCAAUAAAUAGUUCAAAAAUAGUGAUAAUAUAGUUUUAAAAUAGAUAAUAAAUAGUUAAAAUACGUUCCAGCUUAUUACAAAUAGAUUAUAAAUAAAAUAAUGGAUAUAAUAUUGUCCAAACAGGUUAAAAAUAGUUAAAAAAUAGUAAUAAAAUAUUAUUUUAAUAAAUGGUUAAAAUAUGUUCCAUUAAUACAGUUAAAAUAGUUAUUAAAUAGUGUAUACAAAAUACAUAUAGCCUUUAAAUAUUUUUAAAAUAUAUUAUAAAUAAUUUCUGUGUUGGUGUUGUGGUACUCAGGUGAAUAUGAUGUUUGUGAUGUUACUCUGAGUGUGUAUCCACACCGGGUAAGCUUGAAAAAUAUGCCUAGCAUGGCCACGGUGUGAAUCGAAACCUACGACCUUUGGAAUACUAGCCCAAUGCUCUGCCAACUGAGCUAGCGGUCAGGUCGGUUCGAGUAUGUGAUAUUUCAGAACUGAGUGGGAUAUCGAUGGAACUAGACUCAGUUCUGAAAUAUCACAUACUCGAACCGACCUGACCGCGUAGCUCAGUUGGCAGAGCAUUGGGCUAGUAUUCCAAAGGUUGUAGGUUCGAUUCCCACCGUGGCAAGGCAUAUUUUUCUGGCUUGCCCGGUGUGGAUAUACACACUCAGAGUAACAUCACAAACAUCAUAUUAUAAAUAGUUAAAACAUAGAUACUAAAAAGUUGAAACAUAUAGUAUAAAAUUAAUAGUCUUUAAUUUAAAACAAUUAUAAUUUGUAAAAGAAAUUGAGAACAAGUGUAGAAGUGCUGAAACAUCAGAGGCUAUUACAGACUUACUUUAGUAUUUACCGUCUAUAAAUGCCAGACAAUUUUACUUGUCAGUGGGUAGAGUACUGCCAAUAAAUGAGUUAAAAAUCUGUAGUCUUUUAGCCAGAUAUUCAAUAUACUAGACAUAUAUAGUUAGCAGUUUUAUAGUAGCCAAAGAGUUACAGGUAAACUACGUGAAGCGUUCCUCUUUUGACUUCGUAACUCAUUUUGAAUUUUCCUCAUUAGCUUUGCAAAUUUGAAAAACUCUUUGCAAAUCCCUUGAGGGAAUUUGCAAUGUUCCUAUCGGCUGUUGCAAUAUUCCAAACUUCAUUUUAAAUUUUCCUAACUUCCUGUUUUAAUUUCCUAACUUCCUGUUCUGUUCUGAGCGUUGUUAUUGGUCGAUUAUUUUUGUUAACCAAUGGGGAACGCCGAGAACAGAACAGGAAGUUAAGAACUUGUAACAGGAAGUUAAGAACUUCUAACAGGAACUGAGGAAAUUUUUUUUGGCUUUUAAGCAACAUUGCAAAUUCCCUCAAGGGAUUUGCAAGGGAGUUUUUUAAAUUGCAAAAGUAAUGAGGAAAAUUGCAAUCAAUUUAGAAACUCAAAAGAGGAACGCUUCACGUAGUUUACCUGUAAGUAUAUUCAAACAGUACCUUGGCUGGGGACUGGGCAGAAAAAAAGCAAGAACAUGCACCAUGUAACAUCUCGAAUAGGGUGAAGCUCGGCAGCUGUUAGGUUCUGGUCUUCUUUACAGGUUAGAAAAAAACAUUUAUAUAUUUGAAUAAUACCCUGAAUCUAGCUGGAUAUUUUUCAAUUAUCCAACAUAUAUCCUGUAUGCAGCUGGAUAGCAAAAAAAAUCUAUCCUGCACACCCCUACAAAGAACUUCAAGUAAGUAACGUAAGAGGAAAUUGCUCCUUUAUAGGUGCUAAUAGGCGAGAUAUGGGCGAGCAUGCCACAGUCGGUAAGUAAAAUUACUAAAACUGUCUGUACCAGUGUAGGUAGUACCAAUGUGAAAAUGCUGUGCUGAGUGGUUAUAUUACUACCUUAAAAAACAAGCAGAAACUUGACGUUUCGAGCGAAGGCCCUUCGUCAAGAGUUAGUAGCAGCUACUAACUCUUGACGAAGGGCCUUCGCUCGAAACGUCGAGUUUCUGCUUGUUUUUUAAGGUAGUAAUAUACCCACUCAGGUAAGUAAAAUUGUCUACCAUGAAAUGUCAGAGUUAAAUAAUAAUAUCAAAGUACUUAAGUAGCACGUUUUAGGAAAAUUGCAUUUUAUUGAUCUAAAUAUAUCAACAUGAAACAUGGGCAGAGUCUAACACUCUAGCUAGACACUUCCCUUGACGAAUAAAAUUGUCCGGCAUUAGGCAAGAUAACAUUUAAUAACAAAGUGCUGAAUAUUGGGCUCAUUGGAGUGAAAUGGGUAAUUCCAAAAACAAUCAAACCCUUGCCGGGGUGUCUCUAAAAUAUAUAAAAUGUAGCCCAAUACUGCGCAAAGGUUGUUACAUAUAUUAUUAUAAAGCAGAUCAUGCAGGUGGUGUAACGAAAUGAAUUCAUAAGUUUGAACAAGUAAACUAAGGACUUUAACUGUUUCCAGUUAGGGACACGUCUAUAAUCAAGUUGCCACACAUGACAACAACACAUCAAAGUGAUAUUUUUAUCUAUUCUAAACUGACCCACCUAUAUAUGAAUAAGUAUUAGAAACUUAUCAAAGUACCAGUUGGUUUGAAACCAGUCGAUAAAUGUUCUCAAACCAUAUUUAGCUGGGACAUGCCUGAGUAGGCAUAUGAGAAUUGAGUAGAUGCCAAGCUAUAUUAUUUUAGAUGUCAAGAAACGCUGGAAUCUGACAAUCUGCCAUUAUACACUAAUACACAAAGGUCAAAGUAUACUAUUUGGCAUUACAAUAAACAUAAUUUGAUAUAAAGGCUGAGUCAAAUGUAAGACUUUCUAUAAAACUAAUGUAUUUAUAUCAUCGUUUGAAUUCAAAUGUCGCAGCAAAUUGAAAUCUUAAGCCGGAACCAUAGAUAUCUUAUAUACACUAGAUAGCGCAUCUCUUUUAGUAAAAUUGAAGCCAAGAAUAUUCCAGCGGUUACCACCCAUUUGAAUAGAUGGCGGCCAUAUUGGAGUUUCCCACUAGCUAAUAAACGCUUACAAAACAACAAUAACUUUCAUAAUUUGAAUAGUUUGAAAAUGUAUUUGGAAUAGGUUUAACUUAAUGUUUAAGUUCCCUGUUUAAGAAAUAGAAAACAUAGGAGUCUUCUCAUUUCUUGGGCAUAUCCUGAAUCUGCAAUCACGUCUUCAAUUUUUGAAUUGCAGAAUAAUUAGAUGCACUAUGUAGUGUAUAUAAGAUAUCUAUAGCCGGAACACAUACUCAAAAUUCACGAAUGAAGAUAGUAAAUAUUUCCUUUCAAAAUUGCUCUAUUUAUAUAUAAAAUUCUUACCUGGAUGUUACCCAGUCAUCCAUGAUGUUUAAUCUUUAAAAUACAUACAGGGCCGCCCAGAGGAGGGGGGGGCAGGGGGGGGGAAAUUGCUCCGGGCCCCGAGUUGCUGGGGGCCCCUGAAAAAUUUUUGUUGGGCCCCAGCCUUUUUUGUGUGUUAAAUAUUUCCGCGUAAAGGACAAGAUAUCUGUUUUCUUGGGCUAAGUACCGAAUUUUGGCAUAAAAAAAUGAGAUAAAGUCCUUCGAAAGCAAUUGCAACGUACUCGUCCGGAAAAAUUUUGUACUCCGGGAAAUUUUUUUUACCCCUUAAAUGGUACACUGACCGAAAAUUUUUUGGUGACGGGGGAAAGUUGUUCUCUGGAAAAAAAAUUUUCCGGGAAAAUUUUUUUAGAUAGGGGCCCCUAAAAAAAAAUUUGCCCCGGGCCCCCGUCAACCUCUGGGCGGCCCUGAAUACAUAUCAACUUCGCUAAAUAAAAGCUCAGUAUUUCGAGCGGAAAAUUUUAUAAAACAAAAAAUUUAAAAAUAUGGCGGUGUGAAUUGUGACGCUGUCCCAGGAAGCUUUGCGCGUGUUGUAGAAAAACUAGGCAUCAGUCUGUCAAACCGCGCUUAUCGUUAGAAUUUUGGGUGGUGUUUUGUCAAAAAAUGGUGUUUGUCAAAAUGACAAAAUAACUACUUCCACAAAGACUAUAAAUAUUUUUGUAGAUAUAAUUUCAAUGAACUCAUGAACUGGGAAAUUUUGACGAGUUAAAUAAACACAUUUACCCUUUCUCAAUUCUCACAACUUUCUAUGAAUAGGAAAUAAAUAGCUAUUUAAGAUCUAUAUAUUUAUUUUGGCUAUUUAUUAGCUAUUUUAACAAUAACUCUAAAAAUAAAAGUAAACAUAGUUUAUAAAUAGCCAUUUAAUAGCUAUUUUGAACAAAGUUCGCCACAACUUUCUAUGAAUAGGAAUUAAGUAGCUAUUUAAGAUCUAUUUAUUUUGCUAUUUAAUAAUUAUUUUAAGAAUGGCUCUAAAAAUAAAAGCAAACAUAGUUUAAAAAUAAGCUAUUUAAAAUUAUUUAAACUGACUCGUUUGUCAUCAAUAGGAAUUAAAUAGCUAUUUAAAAGUUAUUUUAUAGUGAGAUUUCGUCAAUUACUCUUUCAAAUAGGAUUUGAAUACCUAUUUCAAAGCUAGUUUUUUUGAAAUAUAUAAAUUACCUAUAUUUUGAAUAGAGUGUAAAUAGUUAUAUACUAUUUUAUGAAAUUUGAUAAAUAGUAAUAAAAUAGUCAUAUUUUUGAAAAAAUACGGAAAAAUAGGGCUAAAUAAGAUAAAAAAUAGGUCUAAAAUAGGUUAUCCCCGAGCCGACGCCGUGCGAGGGUACUAAUUCCCCCCGGCUAUUUACACCCGGGGAAACGAAAGCAUUAGCCAAGUCUAAAGUUCAUCAAUGAGCGCGGGCGUGGGUUACCGUGAGUGGUUCGGUGGGUGGUCAUCCUCACUGAUCUCAAAAAUAUGGCGGACUGUCAUGAAUAACGGACACUGAUUGGUCCAAUUUAAAGUUUGCAUUAUAACGACUGCAUGACGACAGCGAAAUAGCAAACAUUUGUUGAUUUGAUAAUUGAUAAAUUUCUUGCAAAUAUAUUUCAUUUUUGCUCGCAUUUUUGCAAGAAUUUGUAAAUUUCAAGAAAGAAAGGGCGAAAGAAUCGGCUAAAAGAAGGUAGCCGACGUUAACGAAGGUAAGAUGGUUUUAAAUAUUGAUUUUAUAAUGGAUUUAAAACCCGACGGCUUUUGCGUAUAUGAAACAACUAAACAAGACAGCAUAUAAUUUCAGUGUAUCUUUAAUAUUGAUUCCCUUUUUUACUAUAUUGAAUUUUUUAAAUAAAAAAGAAAGCAAAGUUAUUUGCAUGCGAGAAUUUGAAAUCAUUUUAUUGCAAACUCAAAGUUUAUCGAUAAAGCCAUUUAAUUAUUAGGCAGUUUAGUUUUAUAAGGAACCCUUUAUUAUUUAAUUUAAAACGUUUUGCGGAGCGUUUGUGGUUGAAUUUUACCUUAAAUUGAAGCUUAUAUUACGUAUAAUAAGCGAUUUUUCAUUUGUAAGAAUAUUCUUAGAAAAUUAUCGUGUUACCAUGACGACAACUUUAGACACUUCAUGUUUGGAAAAUACAAUGGUUUUGUCAGCAAAUCGAGGGUUUCUGCAUGCAUGUAUUUUCUAGUAAAUAUGUCGGAUUCUACAAGGGUAAGUCUUUGAAAUGUUUGAUAAGCCGUUGUGAAUGCAGCAUAAGCUUUGUGAAGGUAAUAAGGAAAACAAAACCAAUGGUUGCGACUGUUAUUAUUUCAAACAAUGUUUUGAAGUGUUUUUUCUUUGUUUGAUAUUUCUAUUUUACCAGUGACGAUAGCAACAGAUUAAAAUUACUUCUGGAAUUAAUGAUGGAGUUUUCGCCUAAGACUGCAUCAAAAACAUAGGACGUAGCGAAACAAGUAGCUGAUUCCAUGCAUAUGAUUAGCAGUGGAGAAAAUUCCAUGAAAGACAAGUCGAAAUGUCAAGGUGUGGAAUUUUUGGUGCAUCUUGGAAAGAUAUUGGCAAAGUCAGUGUCAGGACGUCAAGAUGUAGAUACAACUAACUGUGAAUGGAAUGAUUUGCCCACUAUUCCAACACACAACGAAAUUUUGAGCG